AUGGAGGACGCUGGCACCGUGCUGGGCAACGCCAUCUACUACCUCCGCAUUGUCUUCAUGUUCUUCAUCGGGCUGGAGAUGGACCUGCGCUACCUGCGUCGCUACUUGCGGGCCUCCCUCGUCGUCGCCUCCGGUGGAUCCGCGCUCUGCUUCCUCCUCGCUGCCGCCGCUGGCCCCUUCUUCUUUGGCCUUCUCCACCCAGGAGGGCCAGGGCAGCAUCCCUUCUACCCUGGCAGCAUAUACGCCUCCACCACCCUCUACAUGGUCGUCCUCACCAGCACCGCCUCGCCCGUCCUCAUCCGUAUCGUCACCGAGCUCAAGCUCACCGCGUCCGAGACCGGUCAGCUCGCCAUCGGCACUGCCUUUGCCAACGACAUCGCCAGCCUUGCGGUCAUUAGCAUGAUGGUCAUCACCCCGACUACCUACGACAAGGACGGCAAGGCCAUGCCACAGCCCGCUCGGUUUUCCUCUCUGCCGGCCGUGAAGGCGAUGGUGUUCCUUUGGAUGGCUUUCAAUGUAUGGAUCGCCGUGCGCGUGGUGGUGUGGAUCGCCGGGCUGCUCAACAAGAUGAAGCAGGGGCGGCAGUACAUCAACAAGUACGAGCUGUGCGGGAUGCUCGUGCUCAUCGUCGGCAUCUCGCAGCACGUCCAGAUCUUCGGGUACAGCGCCUCCAUGACCGCCUUCCUCAUCGGCCUCGCCAUGCCCCAGGACGGCCCCACGACACGCACGCUCAUUGACGACCUCACCUACCCAGUGCACCAGCUCAUCAUGCCGCUCUGCUUCGGGGCCAUCGGCGCCAGGCUCAACUUUGCAAAGAUUGGACGCUUCACCACCAGCCGGCUCAUCAUCAUUGUGGCCUUCACCACGCUACUCGGCACCGCUGGGAGGGUGAUUGGCACGGUGCUGGCAGGGCGAUUGAUUGGCAUCCCGGCACAGGAAACGCUCGUGCUUGGCUUCUUGGUCAACGUCAAGGGCUAUGCGGAUAUCCUUGCUAUCAACCUCGGGGAUUCGAUUGGGAUCUGGGGUGAGGCGGCACAGGGCGUGCUUCUCUUGUCCUUGAUCAUCAACACCUUCAUGGCCGGCCCAGCAUCCGCAGCGAUUGUCCGCCAACAACGUCGUGCCUUCCGCUACCGCUCGAACUGCCUACAAGACCUUAAGGUGGACCGGGAGCUCCGCGUCCUUGCCUGCGUCCACGGCGCCGAAAGCGUCCAUGCCAUGCUCACGCUCGCCGAGCUCUCAGAGGGCACCACGCCGAUAGCCAUAUACCUCCUCCACCUCAUCGAGCUCAUGACCUCGCGCAAGUAUGCCAUCACACAUCUCUACCACGCCGGUGGCGACGACGAUGACGAUAGCCACCGGUGGGGCUACACCCGUGAGAUUGACCAGGUGGUGGCUGCGGUCAACACCUUCACCAACGAUACUUUAAUCCCGGUGCGCCAGUUGAGAGCCAUCUCCAACCUCAUCUCCAUGGAUGUCGAUGUGUGCCACGGUGUUGAGGACGCCCGCGCGUCAAUCCUCAUCGUGCCAUUCCACAAGGAGCUGCGCUACGAUGGCCGUAUGGUGUGCCGCCGCGAGGGCCGUCGAGAGCUCAACCAACGGAUCCUACAGACCGCGCCGUGCACCGUCGGGAUCCUUAUUGAGCGUCGCAGCAAUAUCAUUGCAGAGAGGAAGACGGCGACCGAGGAGGAUCAGGGUUCAGUAGAGGAGCCAGCCGAAGAAGACGCGACAAUGCACCAAGUGAUGGCUGUAUUCCUCGGCGGUCCAGAUGACAGGGAAGCGUUGGCGUACGGGGCGCGGCUAGCGACUCACCCAUCCGUUAGGGUGAUGGUGGCAAGGUUCCUUCUGGCAGAAGCGGACAUGGACAACAACAACAGCGAGGCGGAAGACCCACUGAUGUCAACCGAGUUAGACGGCAGCGAUGAUGAUGCCAUCACAAUGGUGGUGGGCGAGGAGGACGAGGAGGCCAUGGAGGAUGAGAAAUUCAUGGCGGACUUCUACGCGAGGUUUGUGGCCCCCGAGCAUGUGUCCUACACGGAGAGGUACGUGAGCAACGGGUUGGAGAUGGUGGAGUCGCUGGGGUCAAUGGCAGGGAUGUGCUCUUUGUUCGUCGUGGGCAAGGGUGGCGGCGGCGGAGCAGCGGCUAAGAUGACGAGUGGCAUGGGAGGCAUGGAAGUGGAGUGCCCAGAGCUUGGCCCCGUCGGUGAGCUCCUGUCCUCCGACGACCUGCUGGGUUGCUGCGCCUCCGUGCUGGUGCUUCGGCAACACAAGGUGCGUAGGAAGGUAGAAUCAGAGUAAAAAAUACACCCAGAAUACAUUUAUCAUAUCCCAUAUUCAGAGUGGCAAAUCCCCAAGAACCCCUCAAAAACUGAUUUCCCGCUCGAUUUCCUGCUUAACAAGGGGCUCAUGGGCUCGUGGCCAGAUUCAGAAGCUUGCAGGAAUUAAGUGCAGUCAAAUUCACCUUCCAGCUUGAAGGAAUAAUCAAGUUCAAGUGUAGCAGCUGCGGUACA